AUGGCGGCCUCAUACGAACUGAUUUUCCUGAUCUUCAUUUGUAUACAUUCCACGCUAAAUCAAGUGGUUGGAGCAGUGGAACAGAACGUCCUGCUUCCACAUUUGACUACCAAAGGCAGCCUCGUAGCUAAGUUGCCCUGGGAAAACGGUCAGAAAAGUGAAAUUGUCAGUGUGCUGGGCUCUGACUUGUUUCAUCUGAAAGAAGGUGAGGUUUUGACAACCAAAGACCUAUCAAAUCUGCUUCACCAAACUUUGCCAUUGGUCAUCAAACAUGAACUCGGUACCCACAAAUGGUUUGAUACCCUUCAUGUCAAAAUCACCAACUCGUCAUCUGACAACAAAAAUGACCAAGCCCUUCAUUUUCAAGUUUGUCAGUGGCAGUUCUCCCUUUUAUCAAAUUGUAAGUUCUUCCAUCCCUGGGAUGUUCCGAAUGGUCGGUCAGUCUAUCUUCACGGCCAAUGCAGGAGGUUGGAUUACGAACAGAAGGAUCAACGAUCAAUUACAGUGGUUGUGAAUGUCACGGUGGGAAAUGAAAUAACAGAAUCCAGAACCAUAAAGAUCAAUGUUGAGAAUGUCAACGACGAAGCUCCUUACUUCAUCACCAAACCCGAGCCUUACCUGGCCACAGUCUCGCUGGCCGCCACUGAAGGAGAGACAGUGUUCACCUUGAUGGCAAAGGAUCCUGAUGGGUCCCUUUCAAGGAUUGAAUACUACCUCAUGUCUGGAGCUGAGGGCAGGUUCAGGGUCGAGCUGAACACGGGCAAAGUUAAGGUGGUGGGAUCAACGACCUUCGAGCGUAACAAAGAGUACUUCGUGUAUGUGGAAGCGAGGGAUGUCAACUCCAGCCCACCGUUCCAAAGAACUCCGCAGAAGGCGGUUCAAAUCCGGGUAGGGGAGAGAGCACCACAAAUCUUUGAGCCAAGAUAUGUGGUAGAUGUUCCUGAGGAAACGAAUGUGCCUUACCUUGUGGAAACAAUUAAAGCCCGGCGAUUUCAGAAUGCAGAGAUUAGGUACAGCCUUCAGAACAAUGUAGGGAGGACACCAAAUGCCUUCACUAUCACAUCGGACGGUGAUGAUGGGGGAGAGGUGAAGUUGAUGCAGACCCUGGACUAUGAGUCCCAGACUCAGCCCAAAGAGUACAACCUAAGGGUGAUUGUAUCUGAAGAGAGCUCAUCCCUCUCCAGCACUGCACAGCUUAUCAUCAGUGUGACAGAUAUUAAUGACCAUGAUCCCAGGUUCCCUUUGUCCACGUACAUCAGACGAGAUGUUAGUGAGGAUGCCCAAGUGGGAAUUCCACUUCUCAAUGUGACAGCCGUGGAUCAAGAUGCAGGCAGAAAUGCGGAGCUGACCUUCUCCGUUUCCAAUCCCUUGUUUGCCGCUGACACUGUGGGAAGUACAGGAAUUAUCCGAGUCAAUGGCCGAUUGGACUACGACCGGACCCGUGGUCAUCGUUACGAAUUCCAGGUGAUUGCCAGGGAUAAUGGGGAAUCCCCGCGCUCUGGCUCUGCCACCGUUAUUGUGCUGGUGACAAAUGUGAACGACGAGGAUCCCGAAUUCAGCACUGACCUGAAGGCCGAGGUUUUGGAGAAUGCAAACAUUGACCAGUUUGUUCACACAGUCCACGUCACUGAUCCUGAUGGAGACAGUGUGAAAGUCUUCUUCAAAAAUCCCAGUACUGGUGGCCAAGCUGUGACAAACGGACCUUUCCAGAUCACCCCUGAGACCGGGCGUGUUUUUCUCCGGCAAUCACUGCCCCGAGGCAAGCUGCACUACGUUCUCAACCUCACUGCCGAGGAUGAUGGCAUGUGCUGUGGCACACCAGGCAUUAAACGACAGAGCGAGGCGGCCCUCAUUGUAGAGGUCGUGGACAUCAAUGAUAACCGCCCCGAGUUCCCCAACUGUACCCAGUACCAGAAGAACCCACCCUCUGUUAAGGAGAAUUCAAAACUUGGUUCCUCAGUCUUUCAGGUCAAAGCAGUGGAUGCUGACCAGGGUGACAAUGGGAAGAUCCAGUACCGUUUGCUAGUAACUAAUGCACAAAAUACAUUCCGUAUAAACAACACUACAGGGGAGAUAACUGUUAUCCGGUUGAUCGACCGAGAAGCAACGGAUGGUGCCCGUGACAUCGGGAUAACAGUUCAGGCUAGUGACCAUGGCACCCCACAGCUCAUCGGAAUCUGCUCUUUCAGAGUUCUGGUGGAGGAUGUGAACGACAACAACCCUGUGUUUACAGAGUCUGUUUAUAAAGCCACUGUUAGGUUAAACUCCAAAGCAGACACAAGCGUUACUCGUGUGGUUGCUAAUGACGACGAUUCUGGAAGAAACAGAAAAGUGGAAUAUUCCUUGAUCGACAAUCCGUCAUCGUUAUUCAAGAUCAAUGGGGAAACGGGCAUCAUUCGUUUGGCCGUAGACUUAACAGUAACGACACAACAGAUGAUCACAGUGAUGGCACAAGAUGACGGUACACCAAUACGCCGGAACUCAACGGCUGUUGUCAAUGUAACUGUGCAGGCGAACCUUGUCCGUCCCCCUGAGUGGCAGGGGCCUGUGGCGACAAACACGCCUAUCAACAUCAAUGAGACCCACCCAUUGGACCACACCCAGCCCAUCGCUCGCCUCCAGGCCACGACAGAAGGGGGAGGUCCAGUAGACUUUCUCUUUAUCACCAACAACCAAACAGCUGUCUCCGAGAUCAGUCCAUUCGUCAUCUUCAGACCCCCGGGCCUGCACGACAUCAUGCACAUAUAUCUCAAAUCAUCCUUGGAUUAUGAAAGGACUGAAUCUUAUCAGCUGAGAAUUCGAGCAGCUGCCAACAGAGCUAACAGUGACAUCAUCAUGACUGUGGCCGUUCAAGACCAGAAUGAUGAGGCCCCCGUCUUCAGGGGCUACAAUCCCAUAGCCCUUACCAUCAAUGGCAUUCUAACAGAAAACCGACCCCCGCCGCAAACUGUCGUGACAUUGCAGGCCUCAGAUGCUGAUAAAUCGGAGGCCUUCAGGCGGCUGCGUUACAGUUUUUUAAAUGGUGUGAAUGAUGAUGUGGCACGCAACUUCUCCAUUGAUGAAGACACUGGAGUAAUCACCACUAGGACAACUUUUGACCUGGAAGCCUUCCCCCAGGGCGUUAUCCGCUUCACAGUGAAGGUCGAUGAUCGGGUGCCGUCCGUUGAUCCCGUUGUACCAGAAAAUCAGCCAAACUCUGCCACUGCCACAGUGGAAGUGGUCAUUCAGGAUGAGAAUGACAAUGAGCCCCGAUUUGCCAAGCGUCUGUGGCAAGCUGAAGUACCUGAGGAUGUUGAUAUAGGUCACCCGGUGUUAACACUAUCUGCCCUGGAUGAUGAUAAAGAUUCCCAGAUGGAGUAUUCUAUCAUAAAUGCCGGUAAUGACUUCAAGGUGGAGCCUAGAAGUGGCAUUGUUCGGGUAGCCAAUCUACUGGACUUUGAUGAUCCAAACCGAAGGCUAUACAACCUGACAGUACAGGUGUAUGAUGGUUUGUUCACGGACACCGCCCAGAUGUUCAUCAAUGUGUCAGAUGCCAAUGACAAUGAUCCUGUGUUCUCAGAGAACCCCUAUGUUGUGCUCAAUAUUACAGAAGAAAGCGAAGAUGUCCCCAAAGUUAUCAUCAAGGUGGUUGCUAUUGACCCCGACACAGAACGGCCCAAUGACAUAGAGUACAGUCUGAAUGGGCCCCUAGCUGAGGACAACACCUUCACCAUCGACAAGAAGACCGGUGACAUCACCCUGUUGCGGAAACUAGACCGAGAUUUACCCGACGGCCAGGAAGUGUUUGAGUUUAACGUGUUGGCUGUAGAUGAGCCACGCUCCCAGAACAAGAGGACUGGUGUAUCAUUUGUCAGAGUGAAGCCUAUCGACAUCAAUGACAACGCUCCUAAGUUUGACAAGAACCUCAUUGAGGGCAGUGUUCCUGAGCACAGCACUGGAUCAGGACCAGGGACACAAGGGAAAACAGUGUUUGCAGUAAAUGCUGUGGAUUACGAUGCCGGUGAAAACGCCCGUGUAGAAUACAACAUCGUCUCUGUAGACAUGGUUGAUGGGGUACCGUUGUUCAGCAUCGACCGCACCUCAGGGCAGAUUUACGUCUCCACUAUGGAUAGCAGUGUUCUUGACAGGGAAACUCAGGACACCUACUCAUUGGUGGUACAGGCGAAGGACAAGGGAACGCCCACUCCCAUGUCCUCCAAUCAAACCAUCACCAUCAGACUGUCCGAUAUCAAUGACCAGUCACCGGUUUUCAGUCAGACCAUUUACCAGGUGACGAUGUCCGAGAAUUUGCCCAAAGGUGCCUCCAUCAUCUCUGUGACUGCAUCCGAUCAAGACAUAGGAAUCAACGCUCAGCUCAUAUACAGCUUGGAGACCACACAAGACAAGGGCUACUUUUAUAUUGACACACGGAACGAGACCAAUGAAGGAAUACUGAGGGUGUUCGAAUCUAAUAAAAUUGAUUACGAAAACCCACAGACACGGUCAUUCAAUGUGACCGUCAGUGUUGACGAUGUUCCCAGUCCCACCCACAAGGUUCUAGCCUACAUCGAGGUAAUUGUCGAGGAUUUCAAUGACAACGCACCCAAAUUUGAACAAGAAUCAAUUCAGAAGACUGUAUUUGAGAACAUUACUGUGGGCUCCGUUCUGGCCACUUUCAAAGCCACUGAUGCUGAUAGUGGCAUCAACAAGGAAUUUGAGUAUUAUAUUGACCACAGCCCUAAUUCUGACCCUAAACGACAGUUCACCAUCGAUCGAAAUGGCACAGUGAGAGUUAACAAAGAGCUGGACAGAGAGACCAAAGAAUCUCAUGAUGUCAAUAUUUUAGCUAUUGACAAAGGAACCCCACAACAGACAGGCACAGCGGUUCUGGUGAUUGAGGUACAGGACAUCAACGACAACGCCCCGGGCUUUGCGAAGGAUUAUGUGGUGUACUUUGAAGAGGAAGUGGAGGAGGUUCAGAGAUGGCCCGAGCUGAUAGAGGCAGUAGACCCAGAUACGGACAGCAAUGGACCACCAUUCUACUUCACCCUGCCGUGUAAUUACGCCUGCCCAUGCCAGGAAAACCCCACCUGUGACUCCUUCAAUAUGACAUUCCAAAGAAAUGCUGACAAACCAAAUGGAUUUGCCUAUGUAUUCACGCUGUUCAAGCGGUUUGACAGGGAAACCCAAAAGGAAUACCAGAUGCCAAUCGUGAUGUGGGACAGUGGAGAGCCUGUGAUGACCGGAACGAACAUGCUACAGAUUGUCAUCAAGGAUAAGAAUGAUAAUGAACACGAGCCCGGGCUGAAGGAAAUCUUUGUCUACUCGUAUGAAGGCUUCAGUGCUUUGGAGAAUGUGGAAAUAGGUCGAGUGUAUGCGAAGGACCCUGAUGACUGGGACAUUGCGGACAAAGAGUACACUGCUGUAGGAACACUUCCAGAAUAUUUUGGGUUGGACCAAGAUACCGGGAUGGUGAAGAUGAGUGGCAAGCCCCCAGAGGGAACAUACAGCUUUAACGUGGCUGUGUAUGACACAGUGUUCGACAAGAGCCAUAUCUCUGAAGUUCGAGUGAUAGUCAAGGGUAUUCCAGCUGAGGCAGUCUACAGUUCUGGCUCUGUCAGGCUCAGUGGUAUCACGGCACAAGAGUUCCUGGAGCGGCCACAUGCGCCUAGUGGAAGAUAUGGGGAGUAUGAGGAUAGCAAGUACGACAAGAUGAAGGCUGAGUUAGCACAGAAGCUGAGUGUGCCAGAGAGUAACGUGGACAUCUUUAGUGUUCGUGAAGGGAAGGGCUAUACAGAUGUGAGGUUUGCUGCCCAUGGUUCUCCCUGGUACAAGCCUUCCAAACUAGAUGGUCUUGUCAUUACCAACAAAGCAGAGUUCGAGCAAAAUGUUGGUGUAAAAGUGGGCAUGGUGCCCAUUGAUGAGUGUCUGUACGAGAUUUGUGACCAUGGCUGCCACAACGCGUACAUCGUGUCUGACAAGCCGUUGGUGGUAUACGCCAACACAACAUCGUUCGUGGGAGUGAAUGCAUACUACAAAUCUGAGUGUAAUUACUGUAACGGAACAGGUGCUUCUAGCUGUAUUUGUAAAGCCAGUGAGUUCCCUACCGAGUGCCGGGGUGACUUCUGUUUCAAUGGGGGCACCUGCUUCAUUGAUGACUGGAAGGAGAUCGGAUGCAAGUGUGAGGAGGGCUUUGAUGGGCCUCGGUGUCAGCGGACAAAGCAUAGUUUUAGUGGUAAUGGCUGGGCCCUAUACCCAGCCCUAGCCCAGUGUGAGUAUGGUCGUACCAGCCUGGAGUUCAUCACUCAACAGCAGAACGGGCUGCUCUUCUACAAUGGCCCCGAUGAUGACAAGGGUCAGAGCGACUUCAUCUCCUUGCAGCUGCUUAAUGGUGCUCCCGUCCUGAACAUUGACCAUGGCACGGGUGUACUGACCUUGACCGUGGCCAAUCAGAACCUGGCUGACAACAAGUGGCAUCGUAUCGACAUCACAUCUGAGGGGAAGGUGAUCACCCUGACAGUGGAUGAUUGCAGGACAGCCGUCAUCACAGAGAAUGAGCGGUCAUCGAGUGAAGAUCGCAGCUCGUGCGAGUCUUCUGGCAGAACACCAGGAGAGAACAUGUACUUGAACGUCAACAGCUUACUCCAGAUGGGUGGAACUAUCUCAGACCCCAAGUUCCUACAACCCAGCCCGCCAGACUUUAAUGGCUGCAUUAAGAAUUUCCGUCAUUUGGGAAUGUUGUACGACCUUUACAUCGGGAAGACGGGUCUGCACAAGGGCACGCGUGAUGGCUGCCCCCAAGAGGAGGAUAGCUGUGGGUCUGUGAAUGCAGUAGACGGUCUGGUGUGUGGAGAGAAUGGAGUCUGCGAGGGCCGUCUGGGUGGGGGAGCUCCUGUCUGUAGAUGUAAACCAGGCUGGAUGGGGGACAAGUGCAUGCAAGAAACUCCUACAAAGGACUUCUUGGAUGAGAGCUUCCUGGUGUGGAAGUUGCUGUACCAACCAUCUGUAAACAGGAACAAGAUCCAGCUGAGGUUCAGGAGUCGAGACAAAGACGGCUUGUUGUUUGCUGUCAUGUCGGACUCCAGAGAAGAGUUCAUACAGCUAGAGAUCCGAAACCAUAUUCUUCAUCUGGCAUAUCACCUUGGCUCAAGUGUUCAGCAGUCCCUCAGCCUGAGCCAGGUGGUGGCAUCCAAUGGCCAGUGGCACACAGUGUACAUGGAACGGUCAGGCAAACGCGUAAAGCUUUACAUGGACAGUGGGGAGGGGCCUUACUACACAGAGACCAAGGGCAUGACUAGUGGUUUCCGCACUCUCAGGAUUGCUCCAGAGAACGUGUUCGGAGGGGCGCUGGUCUCUGGAAACGUAAUUCAGAAUCCUGAUGUAACAGACUAUGAGAGUUCUUGUAUGAGUGAUGUACGACUGGACGACAGAUGGUUCCCUAUGCUCACAUCAGAAAGUAGUAAUGCUGCUGAGGUGAUCAUGGCCAAGAACUUGAUAGACGGCUGUACACGUGAAGACUGCCAUAACAACAGCUGCCCAGCAGAACGCCAGUGUGUGCCCUUGUGGGAGAAGUUUGACUGCAAGUGUUGGCCAGGUUAUGUGGAGAGUAAUAACUCGAUGUGUGUGAGUGCUUGUCGUUGUGACCACGGAGGCACCUGUAUAUACACGACCACCACAAAGAUGGGCUACUACUGUGACUGUCCACUUGGGUACACAGGCACACACUGUGAGACGGAGCUGGGCUCGCUUGUCCGCUCAGCCACACUCAGUGUGGAAGGACUUGUUGCCAUUCUCGUUUGUUUAUUUCUGUUCCUCGUCCUCGUUCUGGCUGUAUUCCUUUACAUUAAGCUGAGAAAGCCAAAAGAAAAGAUCAUGUUAGAUGAUGAUCCGUACGAUGACAUCCGUGAGAACAUUGUGCACUACGAUGAAGACGGAGCAGGAGAGGAAGAUCAAAAUGCAUUUGACAUUAGCCGUAUCAGAGUACCAUUGGAUGGAGCUGUGAGCAUGAAGACACCUUACGAAGAUCCUCAGCGUAGGACAGACAGGCCUUUACAAUCAGCCCUCCCACCAGGAGAAACGCCUGAUGUUGGCAACUUUAUUGAGGGUCGUCUGAAGGACGCGGAUGAAGACUUGGGUGCACCACCGCAUGACAGCGUACGGGAGUUUGCCCAUGAGGGUGGUGGUAGUGAUGCCGGGUCUCUGAGCUCCCUCAACACCAGCACCAGCAGCGGGGACCAGGACUAUGACUAUCUCAAUGACUGGGGACCAAAGUUUGCCAAGUUAGCGGACAUGUACGGGGCAGGGCAAGCUGACGAUGACUGAGCCCCACAUCAGGUUGGGAAGGGGUGGGCACAAAGAAAUCAGUCAAAAGUACUAGUUAAAUGAAAUAUAGGAAUCGGAGCAGUGAGCCUGAACGGUAGAGUAUGUAAGAGUGAACAAAGUGGACUGGUUAAGGCUCAGGAAAAGCCAUGUGACUCGCUCCUCACCAGUGACACAGAACUUGUCAGUUACUGUCCCAGGUGGCAUCAGCAUUCAUGCUAUACUGUAUAUGGCCUUGAGGUUAAACUGAAGUGGCAUGCUACCGCAGGUCAGCCAGGACAUUGUUUUGUACAUUUAUUCCUGUUCUAUUGAUUUGUGAUUUGUGUUCAUUUGAUUUAUCACCCCUGAUUUAGAAGGUCAUUCUGUUGGAUGACAUAUCAUGCAUAUUACUUAAAUUGCAUCUCUUAUACCUUGCGUGGUAUCAAGUAAACUCUCAUCCCAUUGGAAUGAUGACUGAUAUUGACAUCAAUUUGAGGAGAGAAAAAAAAUGUACAAAGUGUUGUGACUUGUAAAAAGUAAAUAAUUUAAUUGAUUCGAGUGUUGUGAUCUUCUGCUCCAGAUAUGGGUGUAGUGCUGCCUGAUAUCACAUGUCCUGUACUAGACAGGAAUUACAAUUCAUGAGAUCACGUGGCCUGUAGCUGGAUGUGCUCAUGUACACCUACAUGUAUGUGAUAUCACAUGUCCUAAUCAUUGAUAAGUGAAACAUACAUAUCAAAAGAACUGCUGCUUUGACAUACAGGGCAGGCAUGGACCCAGCAUGUAGGAUGGUCGCUUUUCAUGUAUAUACUGUAUGAUAUCAAAUGGCCUGGUGCCAGAUAUUGCAGGUUGAUAUCUAACAUGGAUAUCACGUGUUAGAUGCUGGGAGCCGCACUUUGAUGUUCAUACUGAAAGUGAGGAAAAGUGGCAAGCUGUAACAGCAAGCUACAGAAGCUACACCAGGAGGCAGUAUUUUUGUAGCAAUAUUUUUAUGAAAUCUUUAUUGUUAUUAAAUGAUCAUCAUGUAAUAUUGGAGAUGUCAUUAUGUGAACUAACCCGAGUAUCCAACUGACUGUCUUUUGUGGAGGUAUUGUCACCUAUUGGAAGUCACAUUAUAGAAGUCAUCCUUGCACUCUAUUGACAUAUUAAGGUAACUUGGGAUCAAUUAUCAUUUCUCGGUUGUGUAAUUCAUUGUUUUUAUUUUCAGUUUAGAAAAUCAUGUAUUUUUAGGUUUUUGCAUUCUAUAUACAGCUUCAUUUGUAACAUGGAAUUAUUACGUCUGUAGUUUAUAUUUUAUGAUCAUUCUUCUUUCUUUGUCUGUCAUGGAAAAGUCCAGAUAAAAGAGUCCACAUAACAGUUAUAAUGUGCACAACAGCUGUCCACAUAACAGCUAUAAUGUGCACAACAGCUGUCCACAUAACAGUUAUAAUGUGCACAACAGCUGUCCACAUAACAGUUAUAAUGUGCACAACAGCUGUCCACAUAACAGCUAUAAUGUGCACAACAGCUGUCCACAUAACAGCUAUAAUGUGCACAACAGCUGUCCACAUAACAGUUAUAAUGUGCACAACAGCUGCAUUCUUGAGUAUUUUAUGCCAGAGUAUGCAUGAUACUAUGUCCUAGGUUCUGUAAUGGCAUUGAUUGGCAAUGUAAAUGGAAAAUUCCCAGAUAAUUGUGGUUUCUUAAACAAUUGUUUUUAUAAUGAACACAUCUUUGUUUGUGCUGAUACUAUAGAUCAGUUUCAUACUUUUUUAUUGUUUUAUUAUUUUAAUUUUUAUUUUUUCUUAUUUACAGGCUAACAUGUAAUGUCCAGAGCUUAAAUCCAAUAACCCUUUUGAGACAGUAACCAUAUCUUUUUUUUUUUUUUCUUUUUUUUAUCACCCAGUAACUUUUUUAAAACAUUGGCUUUAAAAGUUCAAUAUCGUUUGCAGUGUACUGUUUGCAUAUGUAUCCAGACCAGCUUUGUUUGCUGUGUUGUGUACUUUUUAUGACAUAUCUUAGUGUUGUUCAUAUCACAUUUUGGUACUUUUUUCCCAUUAAUAUUUUGUAAGAUUAUUGGUAUAACCAUUGUGUCCCCCCAUUACAACGAUAUGCUGAGGGUUGUGCCUGGUGUGCUAGCAUUAUUGUAGUUUUACACGCUUUUACGCAAUACCAAUAGCUAGCAUAUUAUUGUAAAUGUUUGCUACAGGUAUGUUUUGUAAUUAAUGUUCCCUUUUAUUUUUCCACCUGAUUGUAUAAUUAUUCAUAGUACCUAAGAUCUGAGCUAAUCCCUCAUUUUGGGGGUAAGUAGUGAGGCUUUUCUACUUGCAGAGAAAUAUUCAUACAUCCAAAUUGUCACUGACACAAUAUUCAGCCAUCCUGUCUCUCUGUGAUGGGAGUUAGAUUAAAUAUAGCAUGUCCAUGACAUGCUGAAACCACUUUUUUGUUCAUAAAAAAUGGACUCUUUUUUUUCAGUUGAUAUGCAGUGUUAUGCAGACAUCCUGUGGCACACCCGGCAUGUCACGUGGUGAGAGACUACUGUAGUGAUGAAUUCAUACUGUUUACAAGACUCCUUUUUUCACAUGAUGAAACGCACCUUGUUUAUUGAACCUUAUGCUAGAGUGAGUUGAAGUUUUCACUUCCUUGUCAUAUUGUUGGUGUUUUGUAUGGUCCUGUAAAUUGUCCUUGUUACUGUGUUGUUUUUUACACGUAACUCUAUAAAUCAUUCCUAGGGUGUUAUUUAUUUCUAUGAACACUCGUUUCUUUAUACGAUCAAUCACUUUUGGGCCGAUUGUAUAGCCUACAAAAUGUCAUCAUUUCUCUUUAAAUUAUGAAUGUCAAACUAUUGGAAUAAUGAGUCAUUGUUUCCACAACACACUUGAUUCAUGCUGUAACAACUAUGUGCGACAUCCAUUAACUAUCUACAAUGUAACUGUCAUCCACUAUAGUGGCUACAUACUCUACAAACAUGCAUUCUUAGGGGCAAGGCUGUUUCAGUAACAACUUCUUUCGGGGUAGGGUUAGGUUACAUAUCUCUGAGAAGUGUGUAAUGCAGGUGUGAAACUGUUACCUGUAAUUAGACUCUUGGUGCUUAGUUAAGUCAGUAUUCCAGAAAAUACAUAUUUUACCCCAGCCACAGCCAUCGUCUAUUCUCAGUUGUGAAAUAUUCCCCUUAAUGAUUUUGUAGGAGCUGUACAUAAAGGAGUAGGUUGUAAAGUACAGAGUAGUACCAAGUUGUCUCCCCUUGUUUGGGACCUGUUACCAACUGACCAUAUCAUGUAUGCCAAUUAACAUAUCAUGUACACUGUUAGAAACUCGUUUUACUGGGUAUUCUAGACUCUGCUGAUUUUAGACAAGUACAUAUAAGUGCACCGAACAUGUCACCUCUGUGAUUUUUUAUGGUUUAAGUAUGAUGAAGACAGUGAUGGAAACUUUCAUGAAAUAAACUUCAUAUAAAACACAAUGGUAUGUCUUGUCUUUCCCUUUGCUCUUCUCAUUUACUGAUUUAAAUAUCUGGAUGCAUCUCUUCACUCCAUAGGGGACUGGGCAACAAUAAGGUGUUGAUUGCACUAGUGUGGCCAUUUGCGCAGUCUGGCAAUCACUGAAGAUGACUUGUCUUCCACCGUGUGGCGUGCGGAUUUGUUCAUCAGAUGUCG